GGCCAAUCAAUGCAGGGGCAGAUGCAGGCAACCGGUUAACGGAGAAGGGGGGCAAAGAGACAGCGAACGCGAGUCUGCAGUCAGAAUCCACUUCUAAUCUGCGAAAGGAAAUCAUGGAGAAAAAGACCACAGAUUUCUCAGGCAAAUGGAAAAUGAAGUCCUCGGAACGCUUCGAGGACCUCUUGAAAGCGCUCGGUGUGAAUGUGUUCCUGAGGAAGAUUGCAGUGAGAGCGGCCUCCAGCCCGGCCGUGGAAAUCACCCAGCAGGACGAGAGUCUGUCCAUCAAGACGUCCACCAGCGUCCGUACCACCCAUGUCUCCUUCACCGUGGGUCAGUCCUUCAACGAGACCACGGUGGAUGGACGUCCCUGCACGAGUUUUCCUCAGUGGGAAACGGACAGCAAGAUCAGCUGUGAACAGACUGUUCCCAAGGGCGAGGGGCCCAAAACAGCCUGGACCCGAGAGCUGACCAACGAUGGAGAACUGAUUCUGACGAUGACUGCAGGGGAUGUUGUGUGCACCAGAGUGUAUGAGAGGGAAUGAGGAAACAUUUCCAAGACGGUCAUACAAUACUCGUGUUUUGUGCCUCACGCAUGGUUUACAUUUACUCGCCUUGCUUACUCCCUCGUCCUCCUUCCAGCCAGUCGGAUCUCAAACAAUGCACUGUGUAGAAGGAGGCUUCAGUUUACAUGAAUGUGUGUUGGCACAUUUAUUGCUUUUAGAACACCAAAGAUUCUUGAACCUGCUCCUUUAUGUAUUGUAUUAAAAAUGUCACAUGUUCUUGAUCAAAAAACUCCCCUUUUUCGGCUUGUUAAUAAAUUGUUUUAUAUGAA